AUGGAUCGCAACACAUUCGACCGUCUAUGUCGGCUUCUGUAUGACCGUGGUGGGCUGCGUAUCGGCAAGGUCCUCCGGGUAGAGGAACAGGGAUGUGUAGGAGCUUUGGAUGACACCCAUAUACUCGUCUUGGUCAGUAGCACAGACAAACCUCGGUAUCAGAUUCAGAAGGGCCUAAUAGCUACAAACACCCUAGCUAUCUGUGACCACAACAUGCAAUUCUUGUAUGUCCUAAUAGGAUGGGAGAGAUUAGCUGGAGACUCUUGUGUAUUGAGGGAUGCGGUGUCACGGGUGAAUGGCCUGAAAGUCCCAAAAGGGUACUAUUACUUAUGUGAUAAUGGUUACGCAAACAGCAAUGGGUUCCUUACGCCUUUCCGAGGUGUUAGAUAUCAUCUGAAAGAAUGGGGACCGGGUACCGAGGCACCCCAAAAUGCAAUUGAAAUGAUCUUCCGUAGCUCCUCCUUCUAUCCAAUCAAAACUCAAGUCCGUCUAAUAGCAGCUUGCUUCUUGUUGCAUAACUUCAUCCGCCGUGAGAUGCCUAUUGAUCCGAUAGAAGUCGAGCUAGACGGUAUACAGUACGAGGCAAACUUAGAAGAUGAGGUCAUGGGUACACAGUUCCUUGAAUCUGUAGAGCCAUCGAACGAUUAG